AUGGAUCCUUUCGCAGACCCCUCCACGAAACUACCGACUCUGGUACCAGGCUUCACACGCCAAUCGCCCUGCACCAUAAAAAUCCACUGCCACGACCGCACCUUCAAAAGCGUCGAUGCAACCGACUCUUCCACUGGAGACAACCUCUUCCACAUCUCCAGCCCGGGCGCUACUUCNUUUUCCUGGCGUCGCAGCAUUUUUACCUCCUCUAACCAACACCUCUUCGACUUGCGCCAUAAAGGCUACGCCAUGCUCAACGACUGGAGCGUCGAAACCNNCCUUCCUCCAAAAAAUCGCCUCGCAAGUCUAAAACACGUCAAGGGCUUUGAAGCGAGGAACAGAAGUAUGCUUGAUGCAGUCAUUCAUGGUCAAAGUGUUGCAGAUGAUGUGGGUGAGACUAUUGAGAUCAGACCUAGGGAUCGGGGUGCGCUUACCACUUGUGUGAGGUAUAAGGGUAUAGAGAUGGCGACCAUCACGAAUACAGAAGCGAAUGAUGUGUAUAGGCUAGAGAGGUAUGCGUUGGAUCGUACGGUGUGGGAGGCGCAAGUCAACGCCGGAGUUGAUCUCACUUUUAUAUUGGUGGUUGUGUUGUGUCUUGCGGAGAUGGAACAUGUGUGGAAACAAUGA